CGAAAGCGGUUUUGCUCGCGGAUCGUUUUCGUUUUGCCGUUCAAAACAUUACUUUUUAUAAUCGUGCGUAAGAGAAUCUGGAGAAAUAUGGAUUUUGAAAAUGUAUUUAUUUAGUUAAGCGUCUGAAUCAGUGACGAAACUGUGAGUGCGUGACGAUCGUAUCUUUGGGAUACGUUUUAUGAAUGGCGCGGGCGUGAACGAAUUUCUUCGAGUCAACAAAAAUCACCAGCGCGAUAAACAGAGGCACACUCACACGAUCGCGAUUAAAAACAACACUCUCCGUUUAACAAUAAAGAAAUCGUUUGUUUUUCGGAAAACAAAUAAGAGAAAAUAUGAGAAACAAGCGUGGAAAUUAUAGUUGCAAAUAAAACAAACGCAUCGUUUGUCAGGCUUGAAUUUCGCACGGUUUCAACACAUCCCCCUAAAAAAAAGAAAAUAAACAUUCCCUUACCCCUUUUCUCGAAAGCAAAGAAGAAAUAAAAAUAAAAACUAUAUACAGGAAAAAUGUAAAGCUAAAUAGUGCAUAAAAAUCGGUUUUCUUUGCGGUUCGGUUCCGUUCUUAUAGAGUGUGCGUGCGUUUCUGCCCUCCCCUAUCUGUCUCCUUCUCUUUCUUCUGGCCCCACCGCCAUCUCUUUCUCGCCUUAGCGAGAGAACAGGGGGAACGUGUGUGCUUUUGUUUUCGAUUACGUUUACUACAUUUUUUGUACGCCCCAUAGAAAAAAACAUGACGAAAUGUUGUUGUUGAAAACGAGAAAUAAAUACAAGUGAUUACAAGAAAUUUAUAAAAUAAACGAAGUAACGAAAAUAAAAGAGAAAUUAUACAUCUCAAGAUAUACGAAAAGAAAAGUAUUGUGAAGAAAUACACAAAAGCGAAAUUCUAUUUGGUGUUUAUGGAAUUUUCAGUGGUGUUGUGAAACCGAAAAAUACGAACGCAGCAAAGUUACAGAUACUCUCUUCUCGUGAACCAGCUGCAAACGCAUCUAAAAAGCUUGGACAUUUCGCCGGGACAUUUUGCAUGAAAAUUGCAGCCGAAAAAGAAUCACCCUGCAUGGCUAUACGACAAUGUCCAAUGCUCGCGAGCUGGCAUUGAUCGAGAAAUGGGCUGACAUUGCUACGCCGGCGACGCCGAAUCGGCCGACCUUAUCGCCAACAUCGCCGCCAGCGCUCCAUCGAUCCAUCGUGAAGUUCUGCUGCUGCCCGCAGCGAAGGCGCUACAAUCUCAAGCAGGCCAAGAGCAACAGCAACAACGGCAACAGCAACAAGUCGACGGUCAACACGCUGCAUGCCAGAAAUAUACUCGUCGAUAGCGAUUUCAGCUAUAUUGAUGAUGUGCCGCGGCGACGCCAAGAUUGCCACAACGAUUACGACGAUUGCAACUACGACUGUGGCGGCGAUAAAGCAGAAGCCGAUGAUGCCAAUGAUACCGCCGCUGCUCCGAGAGACGACGGAAAUGUGGCGCUGAUAUUAAUGAAUCAACGAAAUCUGGCCGAACAAUGGCGGCAGGACAACAAAGGCAACAGCAGCAGCAACAAAGUAGCAACAGCAGCAGCAGCAACAGCAACAGCAGCAGCAACUAAAACUUGCGCUGUCACAAAGAGCCCGCCAAGUGGCAAUGAGCAACAGCAACACCAGCAGCAGCAGCAGCAACGACAACCAACCCAAAGACUAAGCAAUAGCUUGCAUCAGCAACAGCAACACCAACAAUUGCAACAGCAACAGCAACAUAGCAAUAAGGAAAAUACACUAAGCUACGACAACAACAACAAGCCGCACUGUAAUUAUUGUAAAUUACCCGACACCGCCGAGCCCCAAACGAAUAGCAACAGCGACUCGAAAAUUGAUUCACCGAAGUCGUCGCAGAAUAAAAUGACAAUUACGACAGCAACAGAAAUAGAAACAGCAACGGCAACGGCAACGGCGGCAACAGCAACAGCAGCAGCGACAGCAGCAACACCAGACACACCAGCAACACCUAAGCCCCGCAUUGCAGCCCGUCCGACCACGCCCAGCCGCCUUAAGACUGUGAUCAAAACAACAAUGGUGAAGCGGAGUCCUAGCCAUGACUCAACGGCAACACAAGCAGCACAUGUGUUGCUGCCAAACAGCUGCAACAGCAACGGCAACACCAGCAACAUUGGAGCCCAUGACGAGCCCAGACGUUCGGUUAAGGAGCGCAUCGCCGCCUUUGCAGCAGGAAAUGAGCCACAGCAACCGGCGACGCGGCAACAUGACAAAGUCAAGAAGUUAAGUAAAAUGCAGUGCAAUAGCAAUACAAAUCAAAACAACAUGACGGGCGAGGAUGUGAAAAGUGCAAUUAGCAACGGCAACGCAGGCAGCACUGGCAGCACUGGGAGCACUGGCAGCACUGGCAGCACUUCAGCUAUCGCCGCUGACACGACGCGCCACAAAUCGGGAUUAAGUGAUGUGGCGGCCAGCGAUGACGUUGAUGGUCUUUCUCGGCCAACUUCAUCUGAAACCACAUCUGCCGUUUCAGCUCCGAGCGUUUUUAGCACCGGUUGUGCAACCAUGCCGCGAACUCGCCAAUACGGAAGCAAUGUUGCUGCUGCCGCGGCGACAGGAGCAACAUCGGCAACGGGAGCAACAACAGGAGCAACUCCUGCCAGCAGCAGCAUGACAGCUGAUAAGAAUUUCUUGAGCCAGGCGACGCCCGUUCAGGGGCAUCAUCAUCAUAAGCUGCAAUUUGCCGAUAAGGCCGAGUCCGAAUUGGCCGCACUGGACAGUCUGGACCUGGCCCACAGCCUCGAUUUGCUGGACGUCGAUGGCGAGGAUCCGUACCGAGCUCUGCAGGAUUACUUGGAGCGUGUCAAGCGGGAAAUCAACGAGGUCUUCGAGCUGCGCAAGGUCCAGCGUUUGCAGCAGCAGCUCCGUGAGCAACUGGAGGAGCGGCUAUCGCAGUCGGGAGUCCAGCCGCUUGAUGAAUUGUCUCGUUCCACGGAAUCAGAUAGCGGCUUUGACAGCAGCAGCACCACAGCCACAUUGGGCACACCAUCAGCUGGAGCUGGAACUGGUGGAGCUGGGGCAACAGGAGCAGUCACAUCGGGCCAGCCAGUGACAACUGAACUUAGGGCCCUGCCACCGCCGCCCCUCAGUCCCACCAAGAUCCCGACGAAAUGCCUACCCACUCCACCUGUCCAGGCGGACGAUGUUAACAUUUGGGCCUGCAAGUUCCUACGCGAUCUGGACAGCCUGAUGGCCUCGGGCGAUAAGCUGCCCCCGCAUCUGGCAGCCCUGGCCGAAGGAUCCGGUUCCGGUUCGGCCAGCAGUUCGCCCACCUCCAGGACGGCGCCCCUCCUCCUGUCCGCCGCCGCCUCGGCGGCCAUCCAGAGUCGCUACGGCAAGGGCUCAUCCAUCAUGGAGCAACAGCUCCACCAACAGCAGCAGCAGCAGAACGGACUCGUCUUAAAGCCGGAGAAACACGCCACCAUUCCAUUGCAAUCGUUUUACCUUGGCUGCGGACGCAACGAGGCAUCGCCGGCAACCAAAUCGAAUGUUGCCUACAUGCGCACCCUGUCGGCGCCGAACGGAGGAUUUGGUGGAGGAUUGGCGGGAGCAGCAACUGGAGGAUCCGGAGGAGCAGCCCUCCCCCCACACAGUCAGCGCAAGAGUCUGGCCUGCCCCCCACUUAAUGGCCAGGCGGACACAAUAACUUCGACACCGGCAACUCAUAAGCUGACAAAUUUCCAAAGCGCAUUGAAAAUCGAGGAGAUGGCAGCGGCGAAGGCAACAGGUGAAUCCACGGCGACCACCUUGGAGGAUUUGAAAUCUAGGCGACAGCGACAAUUGAGCGGCGGCGACAUGGAGACAAUGCUGGCCUCCCAGCCGAUGCCGAUGCCAAAACGGGUGGGCAUUAAUCAUGCGGCGCUGACGAGCAGAAAUGCCAUAACCCCGCCGCCGGCAUCCGCAUCCCAGUCAGUCUCGGCCAAAGGCUCCUUCUCCUCCUCGGCAGCCACCAGCACUCCCGGCUACCUGGUGGAUGUGACCAAAAAAGGAUCCACUUCGAGCAUUUGGACCUCGGAGGAGUCCAUUCUGCGCAGCGUUGGCGCCGUCGAUGAAGACAAUAACUCCACUUCAUCUUCCUCGGCCUGUGAGGAGGCCACGGGUGUCCUGAGCUCCGGCAAAUCGGGCAUUUCACUGGACUCCUCGGGACUGGACAACGAUAACAAUGAGAGUGGCAUCGGCACGGCCACGCCGCCGAAGGAUAUGUCCCACUACUGGAAGAGCCACCUGCAGCAAUACCAUCAUCAUCAUCACCACCUUCACAGGAAGUGUGAGGGCGGUGGCCACGCCCAGGACAAUGAGUCUGUGAGCAGCCUGGAGGCGAUGCGCAAGAUGAAGUUCCAGAAGAGCGGCUCGGUGGCCUCCUCCGAUGAUCCCGAUCUCCUCGAGGUCCUCAGCCAGUGUGGCAGUGGUGGCGAGGCGGCCAAUGAAUCCCAGGACGACCUGCUGGACGAGGAGAAGGACAAGGAGUGCCACAACGAGUGCGAGAUGUUUUGCGACUGCACGGAUGGGGAUGCCAGUAGUGCCAGCGGUGGAGAUGGGGUCACAGUGGUUAUGCGAAAGAAGUACACUGCCCCACCACCGAUCCUAGUGCCCAGGACCCAUAGAAGCCACUCCCUCGACCACUACCAUUCCCCGCAGCCCCUUCUGCAUCCGAGAAAGGUCCUGCCCAUCCAGCACCAUGCCAUGAAGCACAAGGAGAGGGAUCAGCUCUCGCUAGUUUUGCGGCAGGAACCCUUCCAGUCGCUCCUGAGUCCCUCGGCCAAUGUCCCUGCCAAUCAGUUGCACCACUUCGUGGAGCUGCCCUCGCCCAGCAGCGCCUCCUUGCACAGCGGAUUGGGCGACUCUGGUGGCAUCCAGGAGCUCUGCACCAAGUCCAACUCGGCGCCGAUGCUGCUCAAGGAGCGCGAGAUGGGCCGGCGAUUCGAUAAUUUUGAAGCUCCGCAUUUGACGCUGCGCUAUUCUCGUUCGCAGAGUGAUCGCUAUUUAGCAGAAAUCGAAGCUGUGGAGGCUUGCAAAUGGCUGCGAGCUGCAGGUUUUCCGCAAUAUGCACAGAUGUACGAAGAUCAUCAGUUCCCGAUCGAUCUGAACAAUGUAGCCAAAGAUCACACCAAUCUCGAGAACGAUCAGCUGCAGUCCCUCUACCGCCGGCUCUGCGUCCUCAAUCGUUGUGCCACCAUGCGGCUGGACCAGUCCCACAAGCCGCAAACACCACAGCAAAAGGAGGAAUCGGAUGAUGAGAACUUCGCCCUGAGCGAGCACUGGACAUUCCAACCGCACAUUCGCCGCUGGUCGCGGAUCGGGGAGAUGGGCCUGGAGCUGCCGCCUCCGGGAUUGCUGAGCCUGAACGUGGAGAAGACGGAGAGCUCGUCGAAGGAGUCCAGUCCGGAUCGAUUCGAGGAGGAUGGUGCCGGCAUCACGCUGGUGAUUCCCGGCUGCAGCAAGGCCAGUGGUGGUGGCGCGGCCACCGAUGGCUCCUCCCUGGGCGAGGGCUCCGAUGGCGGUCGCUUGAGGAGAACGGGCAGCGAGCGGUUCAAGGAUCAAGCCAUAGCCCUGCUGAGGAGAAUGGAGUCCAUCAAGACGCGACGUCGCAAGCGACAGAAUCGCGAGAAUGUGGUUAUCAGUGGACCCACCGAGCUGGACCUCUCGCAAUUUGGCCAGCGGAGUAGUCUGCGCAAACCGGAUGCCGUUUAUUCCACCCCGCCCUCACCAUCGGCCUUGAGCCCCAUGCACACAUUCCCCAAGGCGCCGUUCUUCGGCAACGACCUCAAAGUGCCCAGUCACAGUGACAACUACCUGAGUCCCAAUCGCUCCAGCCCCAAGAGGACGCCCACCACUCCCCGCUCGAUGAGGACCAGCCCGCUGCACUUCUUCUCCAGUCCCAUGUCGCAGCUGAAGGAGGGCAAGUCCGAUGAUUCCUCGUCCUACUACAGCGACAGUCAGGAGUCCUCGACGGGGGGCAAAUUGUCACUGAGGAAACCCUCCAAGGCCCGAAGAUUCCUGCAGCGCACGGGCAAGGUGGAUGAUAUAGGUGCCCAUUCCGACUCGGAGUGCCAUCAGGGAAGGAAGCUCCUCAUUAAGGACGCCAAUUCCAAUACCACAGAGGUCAAGGUCAAGAAGUUGACACGCGGGGGUUCCCUGAAUUUGGGCAAGGAUCCCAAGAAACGCGAAGGUUUACGCUCCUCAUCUUUCCGCUCGCGAAGCACCUCGAGAAAGGAACCCAAGAAUGAUGAAGAUCAGGCUGGUGGUGGCGCCACAAAUGGUGGCUCCAAGCGACAGCCGGUGGUGCGUUGGCACAGUUUCCAGAUGGAGGAGCGCCCCAAUAUGAUAUUCCGCAAGUGUUUCUCCAAGAAAAUCGAGCCACUGCAGGAGGAUGCGGGUGGCAUGCCCUUUGCCGCCAUGUCAGCGGGUCAACUGCAGAUAAUCCGGAAACUGGCCCUGGUCACCUUGACUGGACACAUGGAGCGAUACUGCCCGUCCCAUCGAUCCGGCUGGAACUGGGAACUGCCCAAGUUCAUCAAAAAGAUCAAGAUGCCGGACUAUAAGGACAAAAAGGUGUUCGGCGUGCCGCUCCUGAUGGUCCUGCAGCGCAGUGGCCAAACCCUUCCGAUGGCCGUGCGAGCUGCCUUCCGUUGGCUGCAGCUGAAUGCCCUCGACCAGGUGGGAAUCUUCCGGAAAAGUGGAGGAAAGUCCAGGAUCAUCAAGCUGCGCGAACAGAUCGAAAUUACCGACUCCACCGCCGAGUGUAUGGAUGUCUUCGAUUUGCAGCAGGCCUACGAUGUGGCCGACAUGCUGAAGCAGUAUUUCCGCGAGCUGCCCGAAUCCCUGCUGACCACCAAGAUGUCCGAGACCUUUGUGGCGAUCUUUCAACAUCUCCCCGCCGAAGUGCGUCUGGAUGCGGUGCAGUGUGCCGUGCUCCUGCUGCCCGACGAGAACCGGGAGAUCCUGUACGUGCUUCUCGAGUUCCUCACCAUUGUGGCGGCCAACUCGCAGCAGAACCAGAUGACCAGCAACAACCUGGGCGUGUGCCUGGCCCAAUCCAUCUUCCACUCGUCCAUCUCGACGGGUUCCGCCUCCGUGUCCGCCUCGCCACGUCGCAAGGGCAAGGGAUCCGGCAUGCCGGACAUGAAGGAGCUGGCCGAGGCCAAGGCCUCGCACGAGUGCCUCUCCUUCAUGAUCGAGCACUACAAGCAGAUCUACACGGCCGCCAAGGAGAAGCUGGCCAAGUGCAACUUCAGCUACAUGGAGGAGUCGAAGCCCCUGCCCCUGGAGGCCCUCGGCGAGGGCAUGCAGUUCCACAACUGGCGGGGAUACCUCUACGAGUGCACCAGUGCCACCAUCAAGGAGGGUCGCGAAAAAACCCGCGGCUGGUUUAGCGUUAACUCGCUGAAUGACAGCAAUGUGGACAUUGCCUACAAGAAGGUGGGCGAUGGUCAUCCUCUGAGACUCUGGCGCUGCACCACGGAGAUCGAAGGACCCCCAAGGGAGGUCCUUGAGUUCGUGAUCAAGCAAAGAGCCACGUGGGACACGAAUUUGCUGCAGUGCCAGACGGUCAAGAAACUGGACGAUCGCACGGAGAUCUAUCAGUAUGCCUUGGACGGCCAGCUCUCCACGGACUUUUGUGUGUUGCGUUCCUGGCAAACCGACUUGCCGCGCGGUGCCUGCGUUAUAGUGGAGACCUCCAUAGAUCAUGCCAAGGCCAAGCCUCUUUUCGGGGCGGUAAGGGGCGUGGUCCUGGCCUCCAGGUAUCUCAUUGAGCCCUGUGGCAGCGGCAGAUCCAGGGUUAUGCAUCUGGCCAGAGUGGAUGUCAAGGGCAAGACACCGGAGUGGUACAACAAGAACUACGGACAUAUAUGCUCGCAUUACCUGUCCCGCAUUCGAUUGGCCUUCAAACACGUGGCCGAUGGACCCGAAAGCAAGGUCUAAAUGAUAAAAAUAUAUUAAAAAAAAGAGGAUUUAACCAUCUGUUUGAUGGUUGUUUGCUGUAUUCGUUGUCUGUCGCAAAACUGACGCAUUUAUACGUAAAUAUAUGAUAGCUGGAGGAUCGGAAUAGCCCCCCACUUCGAACAACCCAACGAUUACGCAAGAAACCCAAUAAAAACCCAUGGACCACAAACACGAGCUUCAGUUUCAUCCCGACCAAAAGCGAUGAAGCGAGAUCAGAGAGAAUAUAUUCUUGUACAUACACCUUGUAGGUUUCUUAAUUUAGUUUUCGACAUAGAUUUAACUACUUAGUUUACUGUAUUAUAUUUAUACGUGGUCCUAAUUUAUACGACAAUAGCAAUCUAACAUCCAAAAUACUCAACACACGUAAAUAUCACAAAGUAUAUCUUUAACGAUUUCUCUUGCUAAAGUCUACAUCUACGUUAACGGCACUCCAAAUCUUUAAUGUUAAUUAGUUUGUAGUCUUGGCAAUAUGUUAAAAAACGUAUAUUCGGAAAAGAGCAGAAAACAGCAAAUGCAAAAGCAACCUUAAAAUGUGUAAAGCAAAUUCAACUAGUCAAAUUUAAUACGUUUAAGUUAAAGUACUAACCCCAAAUACACUCAUUGAUUUGGCUUCAGAUAUUGAUUGAUUGAUUGAUUGACACCGCAUUACCUGAGUAUGUGCCCGUUGAUCCAAUAAAAAGUAUGAUUGUUUCCAUUGUGCGGUGUGAAAUCGGAAUUAUUAUCACUAUCGUUAGUUUAUGGAUGUGCCCUAAGAUCCCCGAUCAAUAUAUAUAUAUACUAUACUAUAUACUAUAGUUUUAUAUGUGUCUAUAUAAAUACGCUACCACAUAAAUCUAUAAUCGAGUGUUCGAAGGGAGCAGUAACUCAAAUAUUCGAUGCAUACAGCAAAUCGCAAUAAAAGUGCAUAUUAUGGAAAUGCGAAAAAUAUAAACCAAA